ACUCCUUGAAGUUGAUUGACGAUUGCCUGACUGACGUUUCGAUAAAAACGAAAAUUUGAAAUUAUUUGAACUGAAUUAAUCUGAAAUCUUUCUAAAAUUUAAGAUUGAGCCAGCCUUUUUUUAAAUGUGUUACGAUAUCCAAAAUGUAUCCAAUAAUUAAAUUUUUGUUUGUAAACCUUUGAGGGCUCAUCAUAACCCACAUCAUCAUGGAAAACAUAGUGAACCUAAAUGAUGUUUUCUUUAAUUGUUAUUUUUUGAUAGGUGGCUUGUUCUUGAGUUAUUUAGUUUACAAAAUAUUUUAUGUACUUUUCAAUAAUAAUAAUUACAUUCAAAUAAAUUAUAAAAGUAGGGGUCAUACUUGGAGGAGUAUUCUAUGUAAUAAAUCGAUACCUUACAAUAUUUACUGCACCGCCUGUGGUAAACUGAUGCUACAUCAAGAUGGUCUCUUUUGUGAAUGUUGUGGUGUAAGUGCUUGUAAAAGUUGCUGCCGUGCAGUUGAUAAGAGGUUCAGAUGCAAAGCAAUUACUUGGCCCAGUGACAAAGCAUUUUAUCAUCAUUGGGUUGAUGUUGGCUCCUUCCGAACACAAAAUGCAGAUAAUAGUGAAAAUGGUCCCAAUAAAUUUUUUUGCUGCUGGUGUCAGAAAAUAAAAUUAUCUUAUCUUAAUGCACUUAGUGAAACUGAGGAAUGUAACUUUCACAGAUAUAGAGACAUAAUUAUACCACCUACAUGUGUCCAAGUAGAAAAAGGAGCAAUUACAAGUAUUAAGCCUCUAUUAGAUGACAAUUGGGAACCUCUAAUUAUAUUUGCAAACCGGAAGUCCGGUAGCAACAGAAGUGAUGAAGUCCUGUCACUCUUUAGAGGAUUGCUCAAUCCAAUUCAGGUGGUGGAUAUUAGCACCACAAGCCCAGAGAGCGUGGUGCGAUGGCUGCCGCCGCGCUGCCGCAUCCUGGCCGCCGGGGGGGACGGCACCGUCGCCUGGAUCCUCAACAGUCUCCUCGCCGCGGGACAUAUGGGAGCGGCUGUGGGCAUUCUGCCGAUGGGGACCGGUAACGACUUGUCGCGAGUGCUGGGCUGGGGGCCGGGCUGUGGCUCGCAUUUAGACGCACAUUCCAUUAUAACUAGUAUUAAGCAAGCCAAUGAACAAGUUUUAGACAGAUGGAAGGUGACGAUCACGCCGCGGCGCGGGCGGCUGGGGCGCGCGCGCGAGCGCGUGGUGUUCGCGUACAACUACGCCAGCAUCGGCGUGGACGCGCAGGUCGCGCUCGACUUCCACCGCGCGCGCUCGCAGUUCCUGCACCGGUACGCCAGCCGGAUGCUCAACUAUGUGGCGUACGCGUGGCUGGGCGCAACACGCGCGUGGGACGCGGGCGCGUGCGACGCAUUAGAGCGGCGGCUGGCGGCGCGCGUGGACGGCGCCGAGCUGGCGCUGCCGCCGCUUCAGGCGCUCGUCGUGCUCAACAUACCCUCCUGGGGCGCUGGCGUCGACCUCUGGAGUAUGGGAAACGAGGGAGAAGUGGAGCCUCAAAGGAUUGAUGAUGGAAAAAUUGAGGUAGUGGGUAUCUCUUCAUCUAUCCAUAUUGCGCGACUCCAGUGUGGUUUGGCGGAACCAUAUCGCUUUACACAAGGGUCGAAAGUGAAGAUCGAGCUGAACGGCACGUGCGCGAUGCAGGUGGACGGCGAGCCGUGGAUGCAGGGCCCGGCCACGGUGCGCGUGGCGCGCGCCGGCCAGUGCCGCGUGCUGCGCGCCGCGCCCGCCCGCGCCGCGCUCUGAGCGACGCGCCCACCAGCGAGGGUACUUUGAAUCUCAGCAGUUGGGUAAUUGACACCACUUACUAGUAAUGUGUAAAGUCCGGUCGCCGAGAAGAUAGGAUUUCGUACAAUGACCCCAAACUACCUAUCCCGCUCGCGGGUAAUUAUAUUGUUGUCGCGCUCGCACACUCACGGGCGGCCGUAGUUGGGCACAACUUUUAUGUAAAAAUUAAGUAUUUCAUUCAAGUAAAGUGACGUCAUAGGUCUCUACGAAAUCUCUUACUUAUGUCAGAUAAUCGAAUAUGUAGUGGUGUCAAAUGGCUAAUAAUUUCACAAACUAUUCUGAAAAGACGAUCGGUGUUUUUUAAAUUUCCAAAACCGAAGAUGAACGGCUUUUUAAAUAUUUUAGGUAAUGGAUUACAUAAUAAUAUGUAUAUUAAUUUAUUCUAUUUAUGUAAGUACUUACAAAUUUUAUCGCAUGAGUAUCAUCCUUUUAGGGUCACAUUAUUGUAAAACUACAUUAUAAUUGCAUAAUGUUCGAAUGUUUACGGGUUUGAAUUUUACUAUUCUCUGAGAUAAACGCACAUGAGAACUUUUUUAGCCACCAUAGCCGACAUGGAUGCAGCGUUAAGGAUAUUGUAGCAUUUAUUAUAAUUUGAUGCCGCGCUAAAUUGAUAAUUUGAGCUGCCAAAGUAUGCCAAACUAACGUCGCGUUCGUGUCCCGCUACUGUGCACUCUUGCCCACUGUGUAGGAUUUAGGGCCCAAUUAACUCUGUUUUUCUAUGUGGAUGUGGUAUUAAAUAUUAUAGCCUACCUUUUUGGCACUCACAAUGCAGAUUCCGUGUAUUCAGUGUAGACUUCCAAAUAUCCGAUGACUAAUAGUUACAAAAAGGACCUACGCUAAAACUUGCGCGGGCGUACACAUGCGUACCUGGAUCGAAAAAAGUGUAGGUAUAAUAGGUAUAAUGGCGCAGUGUAGCGCAGACGCGUGUGACGGGUUUCCACUUGCGAGGUGGGGGCGGUAAU